AAGUCAAAUAUGACUUGGCAGCGUGACGUGCAACAGGGACCGGUGCCAUGAUCUGUGGAUGCCACAUUUCUCUGGGCUCUGUGACAUUGCAGAAGUUGCGGCUCACGGAGUUUCACACGCCGCUUCCACUGCUGUUCCCACGCCACCGCUUUCAUGUCAAGCUUCAUGCGGCGCAUAGUUUCAUCCACCCGUUUCAGAACCCACUCGCAGCUGAGACGUCUGCAGCGCUCCUGAGUUUAAAAAUUCAUUUCAAAAGUAUAAACUGUGUAUCGACAACAUCAUUUUUUAAGAGCUCAGUGGAGGUGAGGCCAGUGGCACCAGCGUCAACUCUGACAGUUCUGAAGGGAAACUUCACACAUUCUGAUUGAGCAGUGAAAACAAAGUGGACUAGCAUCUUUUUAUUUGAAGGAGUGAUGGGAGCUUGUUCAGGGGACAUGCGGUUCUCAGUGUGGUUAGUGCUGGGAAAUCUUUUGGACAACACAGACUGUGGAGAGCUGUCCUGAUGUCUGUAAAUGCACCAAGAUAUCUAGUCCAGAAAAGUCAGAGGUCAACUGUCACAAGAAGGGUCUUCUUCAUUUCCCCUCCGAUCUGCCCCCUGAUGCUUGGAUCCUCAAACUUGGUGAGAAUCGUAUCACAGACCUUGAGGCCGAUGCUCUGCGAUCAAUUCCAAAGAUUGAGAGUGUCCACUUGGAACGAAACGCCAUUGAGUCCAUCCACCCUCAGGCCUUCUCUGGUGCAAGGCAGCUGAUGCUUCUCAAUCUUUACAGGAACCACAUCACCACUCUUCCACCAAGGGGAUUCCAGGACCUCCUGAAUCUUCGCUUCCUUAUGCUGGGACAGAACCAGAUUGGCAUCCUCAAAGCUGAGAUGUUUGCCGGCAUGAAGAACCUGUCAGAUCUUGAUCUUCCUCUCAAUGCGCUGACCUUUCUCCCAUCUAACGCCUUCAAGCCUCUCACAGCCCUCAAAGUUCUCGACCUCUCCAUGAAUCUCAUUCAGAAGAUGUCUCCCAAGGCCUUCACUGGCCUCCGACAGCUCAUGUUUCUCAACUUGGAUAAUAACAGUCUGAGGACCAUUCCUCCUGGAGCGUUCAGGCCGCUGCAAUCUCUGGAGAUGCUGGUCCUAGAUAACAACCUUUUGUCUUCACUGAGCCCGUUGGCUUUGGACGGCCUGGAUAAGUUGCAGGAACUCUACCUGAGGAAGAACAAUCUGGAUCAUCUUCCACCUGAUGUGUUCGGGAACAUGCCCAAGCUUUCUCAGCUGGCUCUCAGUGGAAACCGCCUGAAGACAGUGGAUGGAAACAUGUUCACCCAGAUGCUUAACCUGAAGAAGCUGGACAUCCACGACAACCCGUGGCAGUGUGACUGUAACCUGAGCUCCUUGGUGCAGUGGAUGGGACAGACUAAGGCCACCCUGUCUCCUGGGACCGCCCCGAGAUGCUUGAGUCCUCCGGAACUCCAACACAAGAGCCUCAGCAGCCUCAAAGACGGCAAACUGCUCUGCGAUGCCUAACACCAGAAAAACCUUGAUGAAGAUCAUGACCUGGACUCUGACAUAUCGAGGUUCAGAUGAUCUAUUAUUCUACUGAUUUUUAUGCUCUAGCCUAGCAUUUGUAGUGUGGCCCUGUUUCUAACUCUCUACAAAUUUUGGCUUUACCACCAUGUAUUUUUGAGUUUAAACCCAACCCCAUACAGGAGCAUGAAACUCUCUUCUGCAGUAAAAGCAGGAAAAGCACAAAACCAGCAGUAUUUAACUCUAACUCUAACCCUAACCCUAUUACCUGAGUAGAAAGGCUGCGUAUCAUCACUGUGUUUUCCAUAAGCAAAGUACAAGUGCUGUCCUUUAUCUGCAAAUUCAACACUGACAUUAAAGCUCAUGUGUGAUAUUCAUUGCCACUAGAUGUCGCACUAGCACUAGAAUCACGGGCCAAAACAAAAGCUUUGUCGGGCCAUACCUCUCGCCUCCCUUUAUGUUCUCAGCCAAGUGUUGUCUAUACAGUGGGCGUAUACAGUGGGCGCUGCAAAGACCUGUAAGAACAGCCCCUGAACACACAACCAGAAGCACAACUGCACAGAGUUACUCUGUGUACAGGAGAGAAAACAAAAAUCGAAUCCAACCAGCUGCCGUGCCGGGCAGACUGGUUGAAGUGAUCCGUAGCAUCUCAUCCACAGUUAAUGCUCCUGAGUCCUGUCAGUGUCUGAACCUCCAUGUUUUGGUCGAAAGAAAAUGAUUUGUAGCCGUUACUAGUUUAGCAGCACUGUGGUGUGCAGGUGUUGGUGUUUUUGUAGUGUUCGUGUGCCCAGAAAGUUGUCUCAGAGCCGAAAGGAUACAAUCUUCCUUUAUAAAUGUGGGGAAGGGCCGGCACACACACACGCACAUGCGCGCGCACACACACACACACACACACACACACACACACACACACACACACAGUUUCUCUGCUCAUUACUCUCCAGUAUUUUUAUGUUGUUGGCUGCUAUAUUAAUGUAUAAAAUCUUGUAUGAUCUUUAAUAUCAUAGUCUCAUAAUUCUUGCCAUGUUAAAGCUGUGCUUGAUUGGAAAGUGAAGGAUUACAUGCAGUAGGAUCAUAUUAAUUACUGCAAGAAGGCAGCACAGCGAAAAUGUAAAAAUUAGGAUAGCUCCAGAUAAUAUGAUUUCAUUGAAAUUGUAAUCUCUGAAUUACAGCAAAUUAAGCCCAGAAUCCAGCCUGAUGCUGCAAAGAAGCCCAGAAGCAGUAUACCACAACGCCAAACGUAUGUGGACAUGUGAACAAUAAACCCAUACAUGACUUCCAACAAUCUCAUUCCAAAACCAUGGGCAAUAAUCUGCACCUAUACCAGCCUCCACUCCACUGGUUUCAGACUGUCCACCAGGUUUUGGGACCGAGCUGCACAGACAUGCGUCAAGACCACAAGUAAGAGUCCAGCACUGAUUGGCUCCCAGUCGCCAUUCCAGCUCGUCCUAGAGGUGUUGGAUGGGUUUUAUGUCAAGGCUCUGUGCAGGCCGGUCAAGUUCUUCCAAAAAAUAGGGGAAACCUUGCAUUAAAGAACUGUCUUUGUGCAUGGGGCCAUGGCAGGUUGAAAUAAUAAAAUAGUUGGAAUAACUUACUUUGUCCUGCACAAAAAGGACUUACCAAGAGAUAAACAACCUAUCCUGCAGUGUCUGCUGCCACUGUACAUAUUCUCACUUCCAGUACACCUGCACUACGCUUCACACUAUGAUAUGCAGUUACUGUACUGCAACCUCCUCCAAAAGCCUCUGUCAGACACACACUCUUCAGGUUGGGUAACUCAAAACCACAGGAGGGAAAUAGACAGUAACAGCCAGAGACAGUGACAAUUGGAACACUUUGUGGAAGAAAAGAGGGAUGUGGAGGCAGAGAUGGAGAGAAA